CAGUGCCUGAUCGCGCUAACCCAAAGGAUCCAAGGGGCAAUUUGAACUCUCUGUUCUUCAAAGAGGACAAAAGGACCAAACUGAGAGGGCAACCUCAAAAACCUGCAGUGGACAAGUGAGCAAGGGUCAAAUUCUUUGAGAGUCAUUCAGGCAUAGAAAAACAUUCACCUUCAGCAGAGCAGCAGCUGGAGAGCAGGAGAAGAGGAGAAGGGCUGGACAGCAGAAAGCAGCAGAGAAAAGUGACUGGAAUGAUAAGAUGAGGAGCAGACAUGUGCUCCUGAAGCUUUCCCCUGAUGAGGCCCUUCUGGGACUACUGCUUGUGUUGUUGCUGGGGCUGCACGUCCUUGCCGUGUGUCCCUCCAUGUGCUCCUGCAGCCGCAGCCACAGGGAGGUGGACUGCUCCUGGAGAGGUCUGAGACAGUUGCCCGAUGGCUUUCAGCACAACAUGCGCUCCCUUAACUUGUCCCACAACCGGUUUCACAACCUGGACAACCAGCUCACCACGUACACCCAUCUCCGCUUCCUUGAUUUGUCUCAUAACCGGCUGAGCCACCUGCCCACUGGCUUGCCUCGCUCCCUCUGGCAUCUCCUUGCUGCCUCCAACCGCCUCCAGCUGCUGGACAAGAACGACACGGUCUACCAGUGGAACCUGCGCCUGCUUGACCUCUCCAACAACAAGCUGGAGCGGGUGAUUUUCAUCAACAAUACGCUGAUUAAUUUGUGCACCCUCAACCUGAGCCACAAUCACUUCUGGACUCUGCCCACCAACAUGCCGAUGCACCUGGAGGCUGUCGACCUGUCCCACAACUUGCUGGUGAAGGUGCUGCCAGGCUCUCUGGACCGGCUGCCCAGAUUAACCUACCUGUACCUGCAUGCCAACCGCUUCUCCACUCUGCCCGCUGGGGUGUUGGACAGAAUGACGUCACUCAGAGUCAUCACUCUGGGCGACAACCCCUGGGCCUGUCACCUCUACACCGACAUCACCUACCUCCUGUCCUGGUCCCAGCACACCCCCACCCGUGUGCUGGGCUGCCCCUGCCACACCCAGUCAGUCUGUGGAGGGGUGCGCCCUGGCAGGACAGGAGGGUGGCACUUUGCUUCCUACAACCUGCCACCCCUGGCUGCGAGUGCCCAGGACCUGAGCUCCAUACCUCCUGGUGCCAGUGUCACAGGGUGGUGGUACACUGUGUCUGCUUUAAGAACCCCACACACACAGCACCACCCCUUCACAGCCACGCCCGUCAGCAUCUCCACCGUGGCCCCCAGAAGCACAGACGCACACCUACUUGUAAAUCACCUUUCUGAAACAGGGGGCCCAGCUGCCACCCAUCACAUGACCCAACACACAGACUCUGGCUCUGAGAAAGACUCACCCAGUGACUCCCACCACACCACAGACACGUCCUCUGUUUCUGACAUCACUGAAAGUCCCGUCAGUGCUGACAUGACGCUGGCCACAGACCAAUUCUUUACAACAGAGGGCCCCUCUGCCCAGACCAAGAAAACCACCACACUACGCACCAGGAGCGUAAGGAGGCAGAAUCAGUCCCACCCCAGGAGCAUCAGCAACAGCAGCCCAGCUCCUGCUACCUGUUCCUCGCUGCCCCUCCUUCACAACCUGGGGCUUCUGUCUCUCAUUCUGCAACACGUCCUCUGA